CUACCUGCUCCUCACAAUGACCUUUCCUAGCGUGUCUUCAGAGUCGGGUCAUGGUCCCCACGGCGAAGAUGAACCGUUUCUUCCAAGAAGGCAGCCCGGCAGCCCGGCAGACUGUAGCGGGGGCCCAGAGCCGAAUUUGUCACCACGCACCCGUCUGCGCCUGGUCAUAACAGUGGUCGCGAUUCUGCUAUGCUUCCAAGUUGGCGGCCAGAUGAUCGGGGGUCCAAUGGUACGGGUGAUUGAGAUGAUCGCUUGCGAUAGCUACUGGCGGCGACACGAUCCAGCUCGACUGCCCGCCUCCGGCCAUCUGCCUGAGCACCUGUGCAAGAUCGCAGCGGUGCAGACUGAAGUGGCCACGGUGAAAGGAUACUCCGACCUGCUGGAGGGACUCUUGUGUGCCAUUUGCGCCAUUCCCUACGGACUCUUGGCGGAUCGAUAUGGCCGCCGACGAGCCAUCCGCCUCACAGUUCCUGGGUUUCUACUUAAUGCCAUAAUCACAAACUCAGUUCUGUGGUUUUCCGGUAUUUUCCCUCUCCGAGCUAUCUGGUUUGCCGCAUUCAGCUGGAUCAUCGGGGGCGGACCAGCUGUGGCACUCGUCGUGAUUUGGGCCAUGCUCGCCGACCUAGCCACCGAUGCGCAGCGCGCAGCCCUGUUCUUCCGGGUCGGGCUCGCCAGUCAAGUGGCCAGUUUCCUGGCCAGCCUUAUCAGCUCUGGACUCAUGGCUCUCAACCCCUGGAUCCCGCUGCUGAUUGGUUGUGGUACGGUGAUGCUGGGCCUUGGCUGUGCGCUUUCACUUCCCGAGACCAUGAAUAUGCCCGUGAGAAGGAAGGAAGCAGCAAGAGCAAGCCCAGACGAGCCAGACUCGACACGUGACACGUCUGCGAAGCCAGAGCUCACAUCCUUUCCACUACCGAAGAAACUGGCACGUCUCAUCCAUCCGUACCUCUUCGUCUUCAACCAGCAAACGCUCUUGCUCCUGUUCGCCUUGGCCACCGUCGAGGUCGCGCAGCGGUCCUUCCCAUUUCUGACCCAGCACAUCUCCAGACGCUUCGCCUGGACCUUGGCCCAAGCGAAUUUGAUCAUAUCCUUCCAUGCGGGGAUCAGUAUCCUUGUCUUCAUGUUCCUUCUCCCGUACCUCACUCAGAAGGUUUUCCACUAUUCAUCCCUCCCCCACAGAGACCUGCAGGUCGCGCGUCUCAGUCUCAUCGCUCUGCUCCUGGGUUCGCUCGGAAUUGCCCUCUCUCCAUCAGUCUUCCUUUUGGUUCCCAGUGUAGGUGUGUAUGCGGCGGGAGCGGGCUUUGCCCUAACCAUGCGGUCGUUGGCUACCGCGUUGGUCAAACGCGAGGAGACCGCGCGACUGUAUUCCGCGAUUGAGAUCUUGCAGUACGCAGGCAACAUCCUGGGUAGUCUGUGCUUUACGAAUGCGUUCAAGCUGGGGUUGCAAAUUGGUGGACUGGGGUCCGGGUGGGUGUGGGUACUGGGUAGUCUGCUAUAUGGGCUGGUGGGAAUCGCACUGACACUGGUACGGGUAUAG